AUGACCAAAGAGACCACUCCUCCUGCACAAUCCAACCCCGACACCAACCCUUCCCACCCCGCCCCCUCUCUUCCAAACUCCCCUCUCGCAAAACGUCCCAAGAUGACCAACAUUGACUCAGCGACCGACUCUUCCUCUCCCGCCGUCACUUCUCUCUCCCAAAACACCCUCCCGCCGCUACUUGUCAAAAAAUUACUGCCCCAAGCCCAAGCACCCAAGCGGGGCUCAGCAUUCGCCGCCGGUUACGAUCUCUACGCCGCGAAGCAUACCGUUAUUCCCGCCAAGGGCAAGGGACUCGUAGACACCGGCCUUGCUAUUGCCGUGCCAGACGGAACAUACGGAAGAAUAGCGCCUCGAAGUGGUCUGGCCGCGAAGAACUUCAUCGACACCGGCGCCGGCGUCAUCGAUGCGGACUAUCGCGGAGAGGUCAAGGUGUUGCUGUUUAACUUCUCCGAUGUGGAUUUUACCGUCAACGAAGGAGAUAGGAUCGCUCAGCUUGUUCUUGAGCGAAUUUAUACUCCCGAAAUACAGGUAGUCGAGCAACUAGAAGAAAGUGUGAGGGGUGCCGGCGGAUUCGGCAGCACUGGCUGA